AAGCCAUGCUACGAUUGCCAGGGCACUCACGCAACAUACCGCUGUUCCGACUGUUUCAACGGCCCUCUCCUCUGUCGGGGAUGUAUCGUAGUCUCGCACGCACGCAAUCCACUCCAUCGAAUAGAAGAAUGGAAUGGCAAGUACUUUCAGCGCAAAUCUCUCCAUGACGUUGGGCUCGUCUUCUCGGUGGGUCACCACGGCCGGCCGUGCCCUUCUGCGAUCACCCAUCAAACAUCCCAGCUUACGGUCGUGCACACCACUGGGAUCCAAUCGAUCAACAUUCAAUACUGCGGGUGCCGCCGGGCGGGUCAACCACCAGUUGAGCACCCACUUCAGCUUUGGAACGCAGGCUUCUGGCCAGCGUCGUUCUCCCGACCACAGACUGUCUUCACCGUCCAUUCCCUUCGGUUCUUCACCCAUCUCACGUUUCAAGCUAAAACGACUGCUCACGAUUAUUACGGCACACUGCGACGCAUGACAUCGAACGCCUUCUUCGGAGAUGUAAAGAACCGAUACCGAGAGUUCUUGAGUUCGCACCGCCAGUUCACAUACAUUCAAACAUUGAAGAGAUUCGCGGUCAACGUCCAGAGCAAACCGGACCCUGGAAGCCUCGCGUUGCGUUGCCCAGCCUGUCCUCAACCUGGCGUCAACAUGGAUCCCGACUGGAAGACCCGCGCUGAGAAUGAUUGGUACAAGGACGCUCUGCACUACGCGAAAGACGGGAACUUCAGCCUCCAUCAACAUGACAAGAAGAUGGACCCGUUGGACUUCCCGUUGAUGAACGGCGGGGCGUACUACGUUGACAGCGACAAAUACCAGGAGUAUCUAGACAAAAUGAAGGUAUAUGCAGAUGCCCAAGACGAGACGACAACAUGCAGCAAUUUCAACGCACUGUCCGAUCGCUACAAAGGGAAGAUCAAGACCGGCCAGGUUAGCCUCUCGUGCACACGCCACGGCUUCGUGCUCCCCUGCGGAACCGUUGACUUACAUAUCGGGGAACGCUACGCCAACGUCGACUACGCGACACUGUCCGGCCUUCAAUGGUUUAUGUCGCUCUGGCUCUGGAUCAGCUCGUACGACGUCAACUGCAAGUAUGGCUUGAACUGGUGGCACCGCGUCAAGCAAAUCGCCACGGCGUUACCUUCAGUACCGGGCGUCACGGCCGCCAAGGAAUUGUGGCCCACCAUACGGCGGUGCGUGCCCAAAUUUCACGCACCGUCGCACACAGGAAUCUGCCGGUACCUGUGCUCGUUCUACUACAUGCCUGGUGUGGGCAACACGGACGGCGAGUCGGUUGAGCGCAGGUGGGCAGCGCAGAACGCCAUAGGCCGAUCUGUGCGUGAAAUGGGCCCAGGCCAUCGGCAGGACGUCCUCGACGCACACAAUUCGGACUUCAACACACAGAAGAUG